UUUGAAUCACUUUUAUAAUCAAAUGAUCAAUACUCAAAUUGAUUUCAAAAGAGAUAUAUCAGUUAAUGAUGGUAUAAUCUAGUAUUAAAUAAUUAGGAAUUGAAAAUUUAAUUUUGGGAGACCAUGAAAAGGCAUAAAACAUAUUUAUAACUUUGUCAUAAUAGAAGCAAGAUUAGGAAUCAGUAAUUUGGUUAGGUUUAUAUAAAUUCUUAUCAUAGCUUACUGUUAAUAACUUUAAAAGAAAUAUCAUGAAGCUAUUAACACCUUAAGACCAUUAGGAAGCAUAUAAGAGAAUAGAUUAAACCCCUAGAUUUGGUAUAUAUCAAGUAAGUAAAAUUUAAUUUAGUGAUGAGUGUAAUCGGUUUGUAAAAUUAUAAAGAUGCUCUAUAUUGUAUUUAAAAAUAUUUGAAAUUAAGACCUUAGAAUUCUAAUGGAUGGAUAAAAGCAGGUAAAUUUAAUUUAUAUUUAAGGUCUUAUAUUGUUAAGGAAAGGUGAGCACGAUUUGGCAAUUAAAUAUUUAUAAUAGGUACUUAAAUUUGACAAAAACAAUAUUGAAGCAAAAUCCUACUUAUGUAUUCAAUUUAUUUUAUGAAUAGGUUAGGCAUACUUUUCAACAGGUUUAAUGAAACAAGCUGAGAGAUAAUAUGGAGAAAUCUUAUAAAUUGAUUAAAAAAGCAAUUUUUUAAAUUUUAUCCAACCUUAUAUGAAAAAUUGA